UGUCCAGUCCCACAGGCUCUCCUCGUCUCUCUUCUCUCUCUCUCUCUCAUAUGGCAAGAAUGUCAGAUCCUCUUAUUGUUGGUAGAGUGAUUGGGGAUGUUGUUGAUUCUUUCUGCUCUACUGUUAAAAUGACUGUCACUUACAACUCCAACAAGCAAGUCUACAACGGACAUGAGCUAUUUCCUUCCUCGGUAACCAUUAAACCGAAGAUUGAAGUUGAAGGGGGUGAUAUGAGAUCCUUCUUUACACUGAUUAUGACAGACCCUGAUGUUCCCGGCCCCAGCGACCCAUACCUGAGGGAGCACUUGCACUGGAUAGUCACAGAUAUCCCAGGCACCACUGAUUCCACAUUUGGAAGGGAGAUAGUGAACUAUGAAAUGCCAAGGCCAAAUAUAGGGAUCCACAGGUUUGUAUUUCUUCUUUUUAAGCAGAAACGCCGACAAACAGUCAACCCACCUUCUUCCAGGGACCGUUUCAGUACUCGAAAUUUUGCAGAAGAAAACGAGCUUGGUCCUCCUGUAGCUGCUGUAUUCUUCAAUGCCCAAAGGGAAACAGCUGCAAGAAAACGUUAAAAAUCUAGUAAAGAAACAGACCCGAGUCCCAGAGGUCAAC